UCUGUGCCUCGACUUUGCAGCUCUGAUGCCUCAGAAUAUAGAGGCUCUGAGUGGAUCUUGUGUGAACAUUCCCUGCUCAUUUACACUGGGAUCUGGAUAUGAGUCGUUCCUCACAGCUUCAUGUAAAGGAAUAUGGAGGAAAGGGUGGACAGGAGUACAGGUGUUUGAUUCUAGUCUCACAGGAACAGGCUUAAACACCAUUCAAGGGAAUCUAACUGGGAACAUGCAGCAGAAGGAAUGUACCACAAUCCUGAAUGACCUCACAUCUUAUCUCAAUGACUACUUUUCAUUUAGAAUUGAAUGUGACAAUUAUCUGAAAUAUAAUUUUCCAGAACUUGUCACAAUUUAUGCAAAAGAAAAUCCAUCCAAACCCACUCUAAGUCCAGCAACAGUAAAUGUGAUGGAGGGGACCUCAGUGAGUCUGAUCUGCUCUGCUGCAGCACCCUGUCCCUCACUCCCUCCAACUCUGACAUGGACCCCCACACUGAGUGACAGUGUGGAGGAUUUGCAGGUGACUCCGAAUCGAGUCAUAACUUCUAUCCUGAACUUUACCGCUUCACAUGUCCACCAUGGAGAGAAGAUCUCCUGCACUGCGCUGUACAAACGACAAGCUGGCAAGAGUGAUAAAUCAUCCAAAACUGAUCUGACAGUCGCUGUUCUUUACUCUCCCAAGAACACCUCAGUGUCAGUCAGUCCCUCUGAUUCAGUGGUAGAGGGCAGCUCUGUGACUCUGACUUGCAGCAGCAAUGCUAACCCAGCAGUGGGGCGCUACAACUGGUACAGUGUUAUUGGAGAGCAGGUUUCAACAGUGAGGGCUAGCAGAAUGCUAACUGUCCAGAUACCAGCAGAUGACAGUUAUUUCUACUGUGAAGCCAUCAAUGACCAUGGAACCGAGAACUCAUCUGUCAUUCAACUAGAUAGAAUGUGUAUCCCCUCCCAAGAACACCUCAGUGUCAGUCAGUCCCUCUGGUUCAGUAGUAGGGGCAGCUCUUUGACCCUGACCUGCAGCAGCAAUGCCAACCCACCAGUGAAGACCUACACCUGGUACAGAGUCAAUGAGAGCAAGAUGGUCCCAACGGAGUCUAGAUCUCCAUCUCUGGUUCUGCAGGAUAUCAGCGAGAGUGGACUGUUCUGCUGUGAAGCACAAAAUAGCUAUGGCAAAGAUAGGUCCAACAUCUUUGUGUAUUUCCACCAUUGCCCCUCCACAACUACAGCACAAACAUCAGUUCCAUCCAUAAUCUGUGGAGUGGUCUUUGUCCUGUGGAUUCUAACAGUCAUCUUCGGAGUCUAUAAAUAUAUCAGAUUAUCCAGAGACUUUAAGGCAGUAGGUGACACAUACGCCACACUACAGAUCUCAAACGUGACCUCUACUUAUGAGGUCAUACAGAGGAAAGAGUGUGGCAGCAGAGAAGCACACAGAGAGACCAGUGGUAGUGAUAUGUGAACGCUGCAGAGGGGACAGAGGCAGUAACACCAUGAGCGUAACUCUGGAUUCACGGUUUCGGCUCUACCUGAGAGACGUGAAUACAGGGAACGUGGUCGUCGACCUCAUCAGAAUUGUUUUAAUCUAUCAGAUACAUGUAAAUAACAAGCUUAAAUCAAGCAUUUCACUUUGUCAUCUCCCAAAAUGUUGGUUUUACCGUCCAUUUCCACCCUUUGUCUCUUUCAGUUCAUCUAUAUUUGAUUUUAUUGCACACUUGUAUAUUCAUUUUGUAAUCAUAUCACAUUCAUUCAUUUCUUGAUGAUGAUUAGGAUGAUGAUGGUUAAUUGUACUAGAUAGUUCUUCACUUGUGGUCCUAUGCAGCUCAGUUGGUACAGCAGGGCACCAGGAUAGUGGGUUUGGUUCCCGGGACAAACCGUAUGUAAA